AUGGCGCCCAGCGCACCCCCUCCAGACCGCAAGGAGAAGUUAACGCUUUCUCAGCUUGCCAGCUACGAUGAUGUGAUCACAGACGCACUGGUGGAUCGGGCCUACUUCUGGACCAAAAUCCGCAAAAAUCGAACCAAAUAUUUCCCUUGCAGAGACAUUCUCGAGGAGCAGGUGACCUCCAUUCUCCUCCACGAUGUCAUUGUUGGCAAGGACGCACCAAAGGCAGAGAAAGCCCUCCUCGCUCUCCCCGGACUGAAGAAGUUCGUCGAUCGCCUCAGAUCCGAGCAGGAGAAGGAGUGGUUUCGGCGCCAUCUGCGCAAAUAUAUCGUCAUAUACUUGCCCGAUUGCCCCUUUGAAGUCAUGACGACGAACAGGUAUACCAUCACGAUGCACGAGGCGGCGGUUUCUGCGAGGAAAUUCAUUGCGUCGGGAACUACUAUUAAGGGUCUGAGCGGCACGCUUGUGCCCAUGACGCGAGAAGAGGAGAUUGAUCUUGACAUGACGAGGAAGGAUUUUAGUAUUGUGAUGUCCAGCCGGAAGAAGACGCCGUCUAUCUUCUUGGGGCCGGCGAGGUUUGCGAAUCACGACUGCAAUGCGAAUGGGAGGUUGGUUAUGAGGGGUCCUGAGAGCAUGGAGGUGGUUGCUACGAGGGAUAUUGUGGUUGGGGAGGAGAUUACGGUUUCCUAUGGAGAUAAUUACUUUGGCGAGGAUAAUUGUGAAUGCCUUUGUCAUAGCUGCGAGCUUGCUCUGCGGAAUGGUUGGGACCCGAAUGGUGUGUGUUCAGGGGCGGAUAGUGGGAUGUCCACGCCGGCUGAUCCCAUUGAACGUGAUCAGUCUACAGUACCUAUGCCUCUGUCGUCGGGUAAGAAACGGAAACGCGCUUCGGAGGCUGCGUCUCUCUCUACGGAGUGUUCUCCGCCGUUGAUGAAGAGAAAGGGGGGACGCAAGUCUUCGAAUCUGAGGUUGGAAAUGUCUGCUCCCGGUAGCCCCGUGGCUGGUGAGCCCUCUUUCCUGUCGACGCUGGAUAAAUCCCUUUCUGCCUAUGCAAGCAGUUGCAAAGAUCCGACCGCCAAAGAAUUCUCUGAGCUGGCAAAAGGGCUAGACUUCCACCAACCUGAUCCUCUCGAUGUAGGCAAUAGUUGUCAAUCUACGGCUACAAACGACCAGGCGUCUUGCUUCUCUCCUAUCCCGGAUGAAAUGGAUGAAUCCUCCACCACCCCCAGCUCCACAGCGCCAACCUCCAUAUCCGAUAUUACAACAUUAAUAAAGACAGAACCACCAGAGCAAACUUCAGUCGACCAGACCGCACAACCCACCAACACCAAUCAACCAUGCAACCAGUCCGCCCAAACACCGCGAAUUCCAGAACAUGUGUCCGAAGACAACGACGACGGUGACUUGUCCGACCUCUCCAACUCCUGGGAACUAAACGACACAACCAUGCUCGUCGUCAAAAAGGACCGCUCCCGCCCACAACCCCAACCCCAACCCAAAUCCCACCCCUCCAUCCGCACCCAACCCCGCAAACGCAAACGCCGCCUCCCCUCCCCGCUGCCCAACUCUCCCACCACCCCCAUCCCCCGUAUCCCAGGCGACUACACUAAAACGCCUAAACUCCUCGGCCAACGCUACGACCGCUGGGUCGACUGCUCCACCUGCCAUGGCUGGUUCGUGCAGGGUGACUCCUACUUCACGCGCAAGGAGUGUCCGCGCUGCGAGAGGCAUUCGAAGCUGUACGGGUAUCGCUGGCCGAAAACGGAUCGGGAGGGGAAGCAUGAUAGGGAGGAACGCGUUAUGGAUCACAGGACUGUGCAUCGAUUUUUGACGGCGGAGGAGGAGUUGAGGGUUCAAAGGAGGGAUAGGGGGGUUGGUUCUGGGUUUGGGGGUAGUCCUACUCCGGAGAGUGUCGGCGAUGGGUAUGGUGGAAGUGGGAGGACGGAUACGGAUGGGAGUGAGUUUGGGUGUGGGGGCGGGGAGGAGAGGCGGAUGACGAGGGCGGGAAGGAGGACGGUGAGGGAGAUAAGGUAA